AUGGGUUAGCUUUAAUAUAUUAUAUAUAAUGAUGGUUCUUAAAACAAAUAAUUCAAAAUUUGUGAUAUCCCCAACGAAUUUUUUUAAGAGUUUCAUUUUUAGGUCAGCUUGCCUUGCAUUUUACAUGAUAGCCAUUUGACAAAAAUAGAAGAACAAUUCAAAAAUAACACACUUUUUAAUAACUUAAAAAGGAAGGUGUAGUAAGCAAAUCAGAAGUAUAUCCGACUUAAAGAUAUAUCAUAAUAUAAUUUAUUUUCAUAUGUAACUAAUACUAAUAAGGUCACAUUAACUGAUUGUAAUAAAUUUGCAAUAGAAAAAAUAGAUGAACGCUUACUAUAUUAUUUUUCUAUAACAAUUCAGGAGUAAUAUUUUAUCUAUUCAAGUAAAGAAGCUAAGAUUAUGAUUGAAGAUUUCAUAAUUAGUGUUAUUGUUCUACCAAACAAUAAAAGGUUUUAGAUUCUAAAUAAUGAUACUGAUGAAUCGUUAUAUAAUAAAGAGUAUAAAAAGUAAAUUCCAAUUUACACGGCUAUUUGGGAGUAAUUAAAAUAUGAGAAUGAAAAAUGGACAUUGAAUUUGAGUAAAGAAGAGUGUACAUUUUAUAAGAAAGUUGAUCAAUAUCCUGAAUCCUUUUAUUUGAAUGAAGAUUAGACAUUAAUUGUUAGAUGCAGAUAUGCCAAUGUUAGAGUAAGUUAGAUUGGAAAUUAGUGA